UUCAAGCGAGGUAAGGGUACGUCCUCGGCUGAACUUGCCGGUGGAAGAAACAAAUACGAGCUGCGGCAUCUACCGCGGAGCAGAAACAAGCAAGGCGAGGUGGGAGAACAACUGGCAUCGCUACAUCAUAUUUCUAUAGAGCCUACGUAUAGGCUACAGUUCUUUAUGAAUAUUUACAGGAGCAGCAAUCAAACUAAACUACCAACUGUUUGGUUUUUAUAGCGUUACAUGGGACAGAUUCCCACCUUAAAUCGCUGUGAAUAGCCAAUUUCCCAAAGGAGUAAGAGGAAUUUACCAUUUCUUCGCAGGAGGAGCUGUGGCUGCAGGAAAGAUUAGUCUCAAAUCUCAGGGACAGUUAGCUCUAAAGAGUCACCACCAGCCUUCACCAGCUCCAUACCUCCUUCAAGACAGAAAACCACUAAACUCGAAAAACCCCAGUCCCUCGGUCCAUGCAACUAAUGAGUGGGGUCGUCAAGGUGAUAGAGGAGAAUUCUGAAGAAAUGACUGGACAAAGUGAUGCUGUCCUGCAGGAGCUGGUGUCCCCUAUGCCGUCCAGUGUGGGGGGCCUGGAAACGGCUUCUUCAGACGGGACUCUGUCCUUCACUGACGAGACCGUGUCCAUUCUGACCUCCAGCAGCCUGCUGGCUCGUUCGCUGCUAGGCCGCACCUCGGCUCUGAAGCGCAAGGAGUGCAGCAACGCCAACUCCCUGCGCCGCAAGCGGGAGUUCAUCCCGGACGAGAAGAAGGAUGACGGCUACUGGGACAAGCGCAAGAAGAACAACGAGGCGGCCAAGCGCUCGCGGGAGAAGCGCCGUGUCAACGACAUGGUGCUGGAAAACAGGGUGAUGGCGCUGCUGGAGGAGAACGCCCGCCUGCGGGCUGAGCUCCUGGCGCUCAAGUUCCGCUUUGGCCUGGUGAAGGACCCCUCUGACACUCCCAUCCUGCCCCUCUCCGCCGCGGCCUGUGCUCCCCCGCAUCCCGCGCCACGCUACUAUCUCCCCCGCAGUGAGGGAGGUCAUCCCAGCACCCCGGCACCGCACCCUCCCCCCACUCAGGGCUGCCUGUAUGGGGGCCGAGGGGCCCGAGAAACGGGCAGCAUGUCGGAGGAUUCGGGCUUCUCCACCCCUGGAAGCUCCAGUGUGGGCAGCCCCGUGUUCUUCGAUGACCGGCUUAGCGAACACGGUAAACUGUCCCCUCGUGGCGGGGAGGAGCCAGGGUACGAACCACACCCUGGCCCAGCUGGGGUUGACUCUGCAGAGGGCAUGAAGAGCCUGCCUCACAAACUGAGGUUCAAGACUCCGGGAGCCGGGGACGGGGCGGAGACAGGAGGGCCGAAUGGAGACAGCAGGCGCAGCCCCAUGCAGCCAAUGGGAGGCCGGGAUGUUUCAAGGGAGCCAAUAAGGGGCCAAGUCCAUUUCGGCGGGGCUGAGGGUCCAGGCGCCUGGCAGCAGCAACAGCAGCAACAAUAUCCCAGGCAGGAGCAGCAGUGUUACCCCCAGGCUGGCAGUUACAGCCUUCCCCCUCCACAGAGUCAGACAGAUGCACAGUACCACAUGGAGAACAGUGUCCUCAAGUCCCAGCUCAGCUCCCUGAGUGAGGAGGUGGCCCAGCUCAAGAAGCUUUUCUCUCAGCAGCUGCUCUCAAGGAUGAGCUAAGACCGAGAGAAACGAAGAGACACUACCUCUUUUCACUGAAGGAACUGAGAGAGGGGCAGGAGACUGCAGCCUUCCCGCCAUACAGUAAGGCGAGAGAGAGAGAACAUGACAGACAUGAGCGCAGUAAAGACAUUUACCGUAUGCUGUCACUGUGCCCCAUCUACAAGACAAACUGAAAGAGGCUCGACUUCUCUAAACAUAACUGUGUACUUUUACAAGUUCCACUUUACUGUAUCAGGGACUUCUUUUCCCUGCCAAAAGUAUACAGCCACAGUCAUGUAUUGGGUUGUACAUGGUUACAAAAAGGAUCAAGGUGUUCAUUUGCUCUCUGCCUCAGACAGAGCACCGCUUCUGUCCAAACCAUUUAUAUCUCCUCACUACCUGAGCAAUACUCUGCUAACACUGUACUGUCCCUCUGUCCCUUCCCGUCCCUCAGACACUUUUGAGGACCGUGAACAUGUAAAAACACCUCCACACCUCACACUAUGUGCAUGGGUUUGUUUUCAAACAAGGAUUCUGUUGAAGGUUACGUGUAUACUUUCAACUUUUGUAUCAAGUAUCGUUUCAACUAACUGAGCUCAUGACAGCUCUCGGUACAAAUACUCACGCACAAAAGUGUUUUGCAGUGUUGAAUAUGCUAACUAACUACCGUGUUCACCCCAGAAAACCUCACAUAACCUCACCGUGACUGGAAGAAUGCAGCUUGGUUUGUCAGAUUCCACUCAAGUCUUCGCUGGAUGUUAUCUACAGCCCACAAACUAUUAAGAACUUUUGACUCACUGUAAUUACUGUAAGGUCACAAAGCAUGAAGUUAUUUCACUGACAUCACAUCACUGCACAGCUUGGUACUGCACAUCACCAAUAGUGGGUACACUGUGCACACGUACAGUUAACAUGAUCACAGUUUAAAACUACGCCUUAUUAACAAAGGGUGUUUGAUACAGCAAUUAAGCUUGAUCUGAUGUUGAAAUGUGAGCGGUCAUAUAUAGGAGAAAAAGGAGAGGAAAGGUGACUUUGACCAGACUUCAACCUGUUGCAAAAGAAUAUGCGGACAUAGCCUAAUGCAUGGAGCACUGCAGUCUUCUGUGACUUUGGAGAAGUAUUUAAACACCACGACAGUGUUGCAUGGUAGACAUGGUACAUUCCACUGAACCAAGCUGUCUCAGAGCUUGAAGUAAAAAUCAACUGGGCAGUUACCUGUUUGACCUUAUUGUUGUACUUGUAAAACACAAAGCACAAUGUGGGUCACUCUGGAUAAGAGCAUUAAGUGGGCAAAGACAGCAGCAUUGUAGAAAAGGACGUUCACAUCCAGCUCUGGGCUAAUGUCCAGCUGGUGUAACUGACUGUUCUGACACCAGUGAGGAUGUUACUGUAGAGACCAUUAAAGAAAUACUCAUCAAACUUCCUAUCAGAUAUUUCCAGUCAGCAUGGUGUUCAUGGUAACAAAGGACAACUAAAUAUUGCUCUGUAUCAUAUCAUACAAACAGACUACUGAACAAGCAGGAUUAGUUUGCAACACUGAAACCAUUCUGCUAUCUGUGAUACACCACCGUGAUAUAACACUAAGUAAACUGCUGCUUUGUAUUGCUGUUUCUGUAUGACAUCACAUUGUUCUGCGAUUACUGGCUGUAUUCUCAUGUCUAUGUAUACAGUGUUUCUUACAGUACGAUACUCAAAACAUAGUUUA